GGGUUGGUGCCUGCCUGGGGGCGGGGCAGAGGCAGUGAGUGCUCAGCGCUGUCCCGCUGCUGCGUGCAGACCUGCUUGCUCCGCUCUCGGUUCGGACGGCGGAGCCGCCUGCUGCUGUCCCCAUCCCUGCCCGCAGACAUGCUCCGUUUACCUACAGUACUCCGCCAGAUAAGGCCAGUGUCCAGAGCACUCGCCCCCCAUCUAACACGAGCGUAUGCAAAAGAUGUUAAGUUUGGAGCAGACGCUAGAGCUCUUAUGCUUCAAGGAGUAGAUCUUCUAGCAGAUGCUGUAGCUGUCACCAUGGGGCCAAAGGGAAGAACAGUUAUUAUUGAACAAAGCUGGGGAAGUCCCAAAGUGACAAAAGACGGUGUGACAGUAGCAAAAGCGAUUGACUUGAAAGACAAAUACAAAAAUAUUGGAGCCAGGUUAGUUCAAGAUGUUGCCAACAAUACAAAUGAGGAAGCAGGAGAUGGUACCACCACUGCCACCGUACUUGCACGCGCGAUUGCCAAGGAGGGCUUUGAGAAGAUCAGCAAAGGAGCUAACCCAGUAGAAAUCAGGAGGGGGGUGAUGCUUGCAGUUGAUGCUAUCAUAGCUGAGUUGAAGAAGCUGUCCAAACCUGUUACAACUCCAGAAGAAAUUGCACAGGUUGCCACAAUAUCAGCAAAUGGAGAUCAGGAAGUUGGCAACAUCAUCUCUGAUGCAAUGAAGAAAGUUGGGCGGAAAGGAGUGAUCACUGUCAAGGAUGGAAAGACCCUACAUGAUGAACUGGAAAUCAUUGAGGGUAUGAAAUUUGACAGAGGCUACAUCUCUCCAUAUUUUAUUAAUACAACCAAAGGGCAGAAAUGUGAAUUCCAGGAUGCUUACGUUUUAAUCAGUGAGAAGAAAAUCUCCAGUGUACAGUCCAUAGUUCCAGCUCUUGAAAUUGCCAAUUCUCACCGCAAACCUCUGGUCAUCAUUGCUGAAGAUGUUGAUGGAGAAGCCCUCAGCACUCUGGUCUUGAACAGACUGAAGGUUGGUCUCCAGGUGGUUGCUGUAAAAGCACCAGGUUUUGGUGACAACAGGAAAAACCAGCUCAAGGAUAUGGCAAUUGCCACUGGUGGUGCUGUGUUUGGAGAAGAGGGUUUGAGCCUAAAUGUGGAAGAUAUUCAGCCCCAUGAUUUUGGCAAAGUUGGAGAGGUGAUUGUGACAAAAGAUGACACCAUGCUGCUAAAGGGGAAGGGUGAAAAGGCUCAGAUCGAGAAGCGCAUUCAGGAAAUCAUCGAACAGCUGGAAGUUACCACAAGUGAAUAUGAGAAGGAGAAACUGAAUGAGCGACUGGCCAAGCUGUCUGAUGGAGUAGCAGUACUGAAGGUUGGUGGCACAAGCGACGUUGAGGUGAAUGAAAAAAAGGACAGAGUCACUGAUGCCCUGAACGCCACCCGCGCUGCUGUGGAGGAGGGCAUCGUUCCAGGCGGCGGCUGUGCGCUGCUUCGCUGCAUUCCAGCACUUGAUGCCUUGGCGCCAGCCAAUGAAGAUCAGAAAAUCGGCAUUGAAAUAAUCAAGAGAACACUGAAGAUUCCAGCCAUGACAAUUGCCAAGAAUGCAGGGGUGGAAGGAUCACUAAUAGUGGAAAAAAUCCUCCAGAGCCCAGCAGAAGUUGGCUAUGAUGCCAUGCUUGGGGACUUUGUAAAUAUGGUAGAAAAAGGAAUCAUAGACCCAACAAAGGUGGUGAGAACUGCUCUCAUGGAUGCUGCAGGAGUUGCCUCUCUCCUAUCAACGGCAGAAGCAGUGGUGACUGAAGUUCCCAAGGAAGAAAAAGAGCCAGCAAUGGGAGGCAUGGGUGGGAUGGGUGGAGGGAUGGGAGGCGGCAUGUUCUAAUUCCCGGGGAGGGGCUGCAUCAUGAGCUGUGCUGUUGAACUGACACUUCUGACCUCAAACAUCUCAGAUGUCAGUGCAGGAGGGUGGAUAGUGACUGAAGUGAGGCCGGUGUUGAACAGAAUCACUGUAACCAUCAGUUACUGGAUUUCAUUUAACACACGUAUAAUUGUUUACAGUCAUUGUCCAUGCCUACAGAUAAUUUAUUUUGUAUUUUUUGAAUAAAGACAUUUGUACAUUCCUGAUAACUGAGUGCAAGAUCCAUCUGCCAAGGACCCCGUUCAAACUUAAGGCACUUGAUAUUCUGUUUCAGAAUUCUUUGGUGCUUGCCAGUACUAGAACUCGGAAGCCACUGUGUGUGAGACUAGACAAUUGUGUACCAAGUAGGCAAAGAUACAGUUCUGUGACCUUUAUGUAAUAAAACAACCUGAUCAAAAGUCAUCAAAUGUAUCACCUUAUUAUCUGCACACAAAGCCAUAGUCACCGGAACCCUUACAGCUCCUUAGGUUUACCAGAGAUCUGCUGCUGGGAGAGGAGAGGGCCUUUCCCUCCAGGAAACAUUCCCCUGUCUAGAAUGUUUCUCAGAAAUAAAAGUGACUUUAAUUUUGCUAAGAAAUAAUCAAGCUGAACUGGGUGCAGUUCUCAACUAUUAAACAAUACUGUGAAAAUGA